AUGACGGCCAGAUCAAGAAAUAUCGACCUGAACAACCAUCUGAGCGGCGUACGGCUGGGCAGGGACGCCGAGAGCCGCGCGCUCGCUCAAGAUCGCGAGACAGAAGACACCGGAGCUCACGCCGCGCAAAUAGGCGGGAGGAUAGAUCACGAAGUCCCAAUCAUGCCGAACGUUCUCGUACUGAGUAUCGGUCCAGGUCUCACUCUCGAUCGCGAAGACAAGACAACAGGUCCAGGCAUCGUAGAAGAGAGCCUCAUACCCAUGACAAUGGAAGGCAGGAACGCUCGAAUGGGCGAAGUCGUGGACAACCUCGCUAUCGAUCUCAGUCCCGCUCACGGCCGCAAAGGCAUGACCGAGCUUCCGAACAUUCACACGAUGGUCUUGCGAGUCCGCGUUCGCCGGUUUCAUCUCAUUCACAUGCUCAAAGUGACGCUGAACUCCCGUCUAGAGAUCACAGCGAAACCGACUCUUGACUGGAAGAGACCGGGCGACUAUCGAGACAAAAAUAGCCAAAUCUCCCAAGGCGACGUUAUGCCAUCGGCAGUUAUGGCAGAUGAUGUCGAGCAAUCAUCUAGCUAUGUAAGCAUCGACGACAGCGUCGAAGCAAUGGCAGGGCAAGAGAUAACACGCUCCGCACCAAGCUCGCGGAAGGCUCAAGACUUCAAAGAUGGCCUACGACAAUUAGCGCUGGAGUACAACAAGAGAGACAUGCCAUCUCCAAAGCCGUCCGAACCAUCCGAAGACUUGCCUUAUCGCCCCAGUAGCAAUAAGCGGAAGCGGGAAGAUCGUGAACUGAGUGAACCGAGUGAAGGAAAAUCUCGGAGAGUAGUCGAGUCUCGAAAUAGUGUGCGCGAAACCCCGUUACGUAAAGACUCAGCUAUCGAGUGGCUCCAGGAAGAAACGCGUGAGCAGGCAGUCGUGGAAGGGACUCCAGAGGCGAUGAGAAUGUCGAUUCGCGACUUCUUUAAGCCGUAUCAAAGUCGUGGCGAGAGUCUGUGUUAA